GGCGCAGGUGCGUGUGACUUUCCGGAACCUCGCCUCGCCCCCAUGCGCUCAGCGCUCCUGAGCCAGAACCCAGACCUAGACUCAGAGGCGCUGCUGGCCCUGCCCCUGCCUCAGCUGGUACAGAAGUUACACAGUGGGGAGCUGUCACCGGAGGCUGCACUUUUCACCUAUGUGGGAAAGGCCUGGGAAGUGAACAAAGGGACCAACUGUGUGACCUCCUAUCUGGCUGACUGUGAGACGCAGCUGUCCCAGGCCCCAAGGCAGGGUCUGCUCUAUGGCGUCCCUGUGAGCCUCAAGGAGUGUUUCACCUACAAGGGCCAGGACUCGACGCUGGGCUUGAGCCUGAAUGAGGGGGUGCCAGCGGAGAGUGACAGCGUGGUGGUACGCGUACUGAAGCUUCAGGGCGCCGUGCCCUUCGUGCACACCAAUGUCCCCCAAUCCAUGUUCAGCUAUGACUGCAGUAACCCCCUCUUCGGCCAGACUGUGAACCCAUGGAAGUCCUCCAAGAGCCCAGGUGGCUCCUCAGGGGGUGAAGGGGCUCUCAUUGGGUCUGGAGGCUCCCCCCUGGGCUUAGGCACAGACAUCGGAGGCAGCAUCCGUUUCCCAUCCUCCUUCUGUGGCAUCUGUGGCUUGAAGCCCACGGGAAACCGCCUCAGCAAGAGUGGCCUGAAGGGCUGUGUCUGUGGACAGGUGGCAGUGCAGCUCUCCGUGGGCCCCAUGGCCCGGGAUGUGGAAAGCCUGGCGCUAUGCCUGAGAGCCCUGCUGUGUGAGGACAUGUUCUGCCUAGACCCCGCUGUGCCCCCUUUGCCCUUCAGGGAGGAGAUCUACACAAGCUCUCGGCCCCUGCGUGUGGGGUACUAUGAGACUGACAACUAUACCAUGCCCACCCCGGCCAUGAGGCGGGCUGUGCUGGAGACCAAGCAGAGCCUCGAGACUGCCGGGCACACGCUGGUUCCCUUCUUGCCAAGCAAUAUUCCCCAUGCUCUGGAGAUCCUGUCGACAGGUGGGCUCUUCAGUGAUGGCGGCCACGCCUUCCUACAGAACUUCAAAGGUGAUUUCGUGGACCCCUGCUUGGGAGACCUGAUCUCAAUUCUGAAGCUGCCCGGGUGGCUUAAAGGGCUGCUGGCCUUCCUGGUGAAGCCUCUGCUUCCAAGGCUGACGGCCUUCCUCCGCAACAUGAAGCCUCGGUCGGCUGGAAAACUCUGGGAACUGCAGCAUGAGAUUGAGCUGUACCGCAACACGGUGAUUGCCCAGUGGAGAGCGCUAGACCUGGAUGUGCUGCUGACUCCCAUGUUGGGUCCUGCUCUGGACUUGAAUGCCCCAGGCAGGGCCACAGGGGCCGUCAGCUACACUCUGCUCUACAACUGCCUGGACUUCCCUGCAGGGGUGGUGCCUGUCACCACCGUGACUGCUGAAGAUGAGGCCCAGAUGGAACAUUACAGGGGUUACUUUGGGGACAUCUGGGACAAGAUACUGCAGAAGGCCAUGACGAAGAGUGUGGGGCUACCUGUGGCCGUGCAGUGCGUGGCUCUGCCCUGGCAGGAGGAGUUAUGUCUGCGGUUCAUGCGGGAGGUGGAACGAUUGAUGACUCCUGGAAAGCAGCCAUCCUGAUGGCUCUGGCUCUGGAGGACCUGAGACCCACACGCUUUGCAGCCCAGCCUAGUCGGGGCAUAGCUGUCACCCUGUGAGGAAUGUCUGGCAGGGGGCAGAGGCUUCCGUGUCCUCUCCCCGACCUCCUGUAAGAAACACAGACCCCCGAGUCUGGACUUUGCUUCCUGUCCUGGUCCCCUCUCUCUACCCUGAUCCCUCACCUCUGUGUGACAGUCAGUGGGUGUGACAUGGGCCAAGGCCCAACUAAUAGUCAAGAACAGUU